GCCAGCAAGAGAUACUCGUGGGCCACAAUGGUGAGUGCCAUGAAGCUGCGACAAGCCAUCCGAGAGCUGUUCGGCCUGGAGGUUGUCACAGUUGCAGCGCUCUGUCUGGACAAUCGUCAGCUCUAGCCGGUGUCUUCGGCGUGGGUAGCGGGAGACAGCAUGUCACAUCGGCGCGUUGCCCAGAUGAGCCAGCGCCCUGGUGUAACCAAUAUUUUCGGGCCAAUCGCGCAACACUGGAGAUGGAGCGAAAGACUAUUUACUUUAGCUUUCCCCAAGAUUGAGGGCAUCGUUGUCAAUCGCUUCAUCCGCCGGUUUCCUACAAGUUAAUUCUGCAUUAUACCUUAGACCUCGUUCUUCGCCUUUAAAUCAUAAUACACUUCAAUAUGCGUUUCUCCAUCGCUGCCACCAUUGCUACUCUGAGCGCCACCGUACUCGCUCAGAGCAGCCUUGCCAACAUCCCCACCUGUGCCCAAACCUGCUUCACUAACGCCAAACUUGGUGAUUGCAGCAGCAUUCUCGACAUUGCCUGCAUCUGCAAGAGCUCUGCUAUCACAGAGGUCGCUUGCUGUGCUUUAUCCACUUGUAGUGCAGCUGAUAUCCAAACUACCAUCACCUUCGCUACAACUCUCUGCAGCGGAGAGGGCGUGACCCUGAACACCAGCCCCAACUGCGGAUCGAACUCGAGCUCUUCUGCCUCUGCUUCCUCCUCUGCUUCUGCCGCUGCUUCGGCAUCGAUGUCUGCUUCGGUGACCGCCAUCUCUGGAACCAACACCGCGUCUGGCAGCGCAACCCGCUCUGCAUCUAGCACCGCUUCCGGCAGUGCUGCGGCGUCUGCUGCGAGCGCUGCUGCUGCUGGUGCUUUCCAGACCGCUGGCCCUGUCCUUGGUCUUGGUGUUGCUGUUAUCGGUAUGCUCGCUGCUUUGUGAACGCUGCUCUGACAGGCACGGGUGAUGAAUGGCCAGUAGGAGCGAUUGGGUAACGGUAUAAUGCAUAAAAUGACAUAAUACAAACAAACAUGUGAAUGCGCAACUGUCAGAUUGAGGUCGAGGUACUAUCUGCGCUCGCUUAGAGCUCCGUGGCUCUGUAAGAAGGUAUCGACUUAACAGCGUGAUGCAAAUUGCUAGACCAAAGAACAGUUUGUGACCGAGUUCCGAAAUGCGAACCUAAAUUUGUAGUAUCAAUGCAAUUGUUAGUUCGUCUAGUGUUACAUGA